AUUUAGUAUUUAAUUAUCUGAUAAAUAAAUUAAAAAAAUUUAGUAUUAAUUUCGUUCAUAAAGCAAUGUUGUGAAAUUUUUUUAUUUGUCAAAUUUUGGAAAAAGAGUGUAACUUUAAUAGGUACAAUAAUGGUUGACGGAGUUGGAAUAAUGCAGGAAAAUGAUCCUAAUAAACAAAAAUUGGAAUUGUUUGUAAUUGAUUUGGGUCAUAAAAAUCAAAUAGAAUGUUUGAAAGAAAAUGAUAAUAAAUCGGAAAAAGAUGACGCAACACGUACGAAUAAUAAAAACAAUGAAUUUGAAUCCGCUAAAUUACGAGAUUAUAUAGCAUUUUGGUUAUUAGCAUGUUGUAAUAAUUUUGGUUAUACAUUGUUAUUAACUGCAGCCCAUGAUAUUUUAAAAGAUAGCGGGGAUUUUACUCCAGAUGACAUAAAUGAUGCAACGCUUACUAGAGAUUGUAAUUUAAUAUCAACAGGAACAAUUUUACUAGCGGAUUCAUUACCAGGCUUACUAGUUAAAGUAAUAGCACCAUUUAUUCCAGCAUCUGUACACAUUCGUAUGGUUUGUGUGGUUAGCACUUAUAGUUUAGGUUUAUUGUUAGUGGCAUUUUCAAAGUCUGUUUGGGUUGCUAUUAUAGGAACUGCAAUAACAUCUUUAUCUGGUGGUUUAGGAGAAGUAACCUGUUUAUCACAUAGUCCUUAUUUUCCAGGGUCAGUAUUAGGAGGAUGGGCAUCGGGUAAUGCAGCAGCCGGUUUGAUUGGAUCUUUUGCAUUAGCAAGCUUUACAUUUUUUGGAUUAUCAGCUCGUCAAACUGUUUUAAUUGCGAUAUGUAUACCUGUGGUAAUGGCUAUCACUUUUUGGUGUUUACUAUCGAAAGUGGAUAAAACAGUUUUAGUCAACAAUAGCAAUGAACAGUCUAAACCUAGCGAAGUACAAAAAGUUAUUACGCCAACGACAAGGAAAGAAAAACUGAAAUCGUUGCCAACAUUACUACAAUAUAUGAUUCCUAUAUUUUUAAUUUACUUUUUUCAAUAUUUCAUCAAUCAAGGUUUGAUCGAAUUAGUUCAAUUUGAUAGCACAUGGAUUGAUCAUAGUGCUCAAUAUCGAUGGAUUCAAGUGGUUUAUCAAAUUGGAAAAUUUAUUGCUCAGUCAUCAAGAGAGUGGAUUAAAGUUGAAAAAGUUUGGAUACUGGUUUUCUUUCAGUUUUUAAAUGUAAUAGUUUUUCUAAAUGAAGUACUAUUCUAUAUUUUACCAUACUUACCAAUAGUAUUUGUAUUCGCCAUAUGGGAAGGUUUUGUUGGUGGUUUAACAUAUGUAAAUAUAUUUCGUCAAGUUCGACGUGAUAUACCAUCAAAUAAUCAAGAUUUUGCAUUAGUUAUGACAAGUUUAUCAGAUAGUUGUGGUAUUGCAUCAUCUGGAUUUAUAUCAAUAACAAUACAUAAUUUAAUUUGUCAAUUACCAAAACCAACACGAUGGAGUUUUUAAAUUAGACUAGUACCUAUUUAUUUUAUUAUUAUUA